GCGAGAACCUAGCGGAACUCAUUUCAAAAGGCUGUUAGUACAUGUACGUGUGCUUGUGCGUGUGGAGGAAUGAAGAACAGAGUGGAAACUUCGUUGGUAGCAAAAGGGAAGUGACAUUUGGAAGCAGUGUUGAUAACUAUGAAACGAGCUGGGGCUGAAUUGAGUUGAAUAAGAGUAGACAGAGUGCAGAAAGCAAGUUGACGACGUAGACAAUGUACGACGAUAAGUUAGUCAAGCGAAAUUUUUAACCAAAGGAAAAAAAGUUAUUUGAAAGAAAUAUCAUUAACCAACUGCAAAAUUUUCUACCUUAAAAUAGUAAAAAAAAAAAAUCCACUACUAACUGAUAAGCUAAAGGAAAUUGCGUGAAAGUGAAAUGAAUGUUAAUGCCGUGUAUGUUGCAUUAAAAAUGUAUGCAGUUGAAGCUAAAGCUGUGAAAUGUGAAAAAUUUCAUGUGAAGUAGCCAAAAGUAUACACAUACCGUGGCACAGCACGUACGCAUACAUAUAAAUAAGCAGUUAAAAGCAAUGUGCUAACGUACAUACGCAUAAAAAUAAACUUUUCCAUCAAAAAUAAGCAUACUUGUAUGUAUGUAUAUGCAUACAAGCGCUAAAAGCUUUAAAAUGAAAAAUAAUAAUAAUUUUAAUAGGGAAUUUACUAAUUUUUAUACGUGAAAAAAAGUUAUCAAAGCAUACUUUGUGGAGUUUCAGCGCAGUUACCUAUAGUUGCGAGUGAAUAAGCAAAGGAAAGUACACACACAUACUUACAACAACACACACAUACAUAAAUAAAUGCCAGUGCAAUUGCCGUGUGAACAAAGGCACCAAGGCACUUAGCAAGCAUUCAGGCACAAGCGUGCACACACACACACAACACAGACAUAUAUACGAAAAUAUAUACAAAAUAGCACAGCAAACCAGCCAGUCGUUAUUUGUGAUAGGGCAACGUACGAAACCGGGCAAAGCGCACAAGAAUAUUAAAUAAAGUUGCAUGCAGCGUUUGUGGGUUCAACAGUGCGUAUGAGUAAUCUGAAAUUGGCUGCGGAAUUGAAUUAUAAUUUUUAAAGAGUUAGCCGGCAGGGCUGCAUAGUUCAAUGGCAUGUGUAACGGUUCAACAUUUCGGCUGCUGCAGCUAUUAUUAUUGUGGUUGUUGUUGUUGCAGUUGCAGUGGUGUUGCCCGCUGCUGUUAGCAGGCAACGCGUUGACCGAUGCGGUGGCAAGCAAACGAAGUGAAACAACAAAAAAGACCGCAUGUCAGUGCAACAGACAAGAGACAACAACAACAAAGCAAACAAGCACGAGCCGACACACACGCGCAUACAUACAUAUGCAGGAGGAUAUCGAACGCUGGCAACACUGGCACCAUUUUAAUGUGAGCUAAAUAAACAGCAGCAGAAGAAGAAGAACAAGCUGAAGCAGAAGCCGAAAAGGAAGUAGACAAAUUGCGGAAAUUGAAGACUUGAAAGGCCAGGAAGCAGUACGAGUACAACAAGCGCAGCCCAACAACUGAUCAAAGCAACAAAGACACAAAUUGCAAAAUUAACCAACACUUAAAAGUUAUAAGUAAAGAAAAAAAACAACAAUAACGACAAAGAAAAAAUUAUAAAAAAAAAAAUAAUAAAUAGGACACAAAAAGAUACAAGCAUAUGUAAGCUAAGCAUCCAUUUGCUAAAAAAAAAACAAAGGUUGAAAACAAAAACAACAAACAAAGUGCCGUUACACUGGCACCACCCGUAGUUUUGUCAACAUCAAAUACCAUUACAAUUGAGACAACGACCUCAACAUCGUCACCGCAACACUGCCAUAGCGCUGGCAUCGCCGGUGUUGCGGUCGGCGUCGGCGUUGGCGUUAACGUCAGCAGCGCCACCAAUGUCGGCUUGGGCAGCAUUGGCAUCGGCAGCACGCUCUGCAGCAGCGGCGACAGCGGCAUUUCGUCGUCGACGCCAUCGCUGGUCUCGCAACUUUCACCACCACCCACCAUAAUAUGCAGCUUGCCAACAUCGACGAUCUCAAAUAAUAUUGCGAUUAGCGCUAGUGUCGGCGCAGCGAUAAGCAGUAGCAGCGUGGUAGCAGCUGGUCGCUGUAGUCCUAUCAUUGCCGGCAAUUACUGUGCGCUCAGCAAUGGUCUGGCGGGCAUAUCAGUGUCCAGUCACACAACUACAACGUCGAUUUUUGGUGGUGGCGGUACCAGCGGCAACAACAGCAAUUGCAAUAUUAUCAACAAACCGAAAUCAUCUUUGAGUCCGUUACAACGCCUACCUAUCACCGGUAAUCUUUCUACCUAUGGUAGUAGUGGUGGUGGCGGAGUAGGUUUUAGCGGCGGUGGUGGUGGUGUUGGUGGUAGCGGACCAGGUUUUACACUACUCACCGGCAGCAAUAAUCAUUUGAGUAACAUUUCACCGGCGCUCAGCGCCAGCACUCCACUUAGCAGCGGGAUGAGCGGUGGCAGCAAUAAUGCCACGAACUAUUUGAGCAGCAUGAAAUUGCUUGGGCCUGCUUCCAUCGAUUUGGGAACAACACCGCUAACGCAUCGCAAUUACAGCACAAUUAAAGGUUUUAGCUUUCGGCGCAGUUUCGAUGACAAAAUCAUUGCGCCACUUAACAGUAGCAGCAGCGGCGUCGCUGUUGGCAGUGGUGGCGGCAUUGGUGGUCACAGUAAUUAUUUAACGCAUCAUCACUUCCAUACACACUUCCACCACCCAACGUCCGCCAUGCAGAAACAAUCGUCCAUUGAUCGGCACAUUAGCGGUGGUGGGGGUAGUGGUGUGGGCAUUAUGUCGCAUUCCACCCACUAUCCGCUCACGUCGUCGCAAUCGUCGACGAAACUCUCGUAUCGUGAUGAUUUUCUGCAGCAAAUUGGCUACUUGCCGACGACGCGCAUCUUCAACACCAGCAUCGAUGAGGACCGACAGCAGGAGUUUUUGUCGUUGUCCAUGUCGCCGCCUUUGAAUCGUCGCCGGGACAUGCCGGCGUUGCGUGGCAUCAUAAGCCUUUCCGAACCUCGUGGCACCAUGAGCACCACUGAUGAUGUCUUUCCCGAUUCGCCGGAUAGCAGUUUGUACGGUUCGGAAGAGGAACAAGAGGAUCCAUUACAGUAUUGUCGUGGCGGUUAUCAUCCAGUUAUUAUUGGCGAUAUAUUUGACAAUCGUUUUCGUGUUGUACGCAAACUUGGUUGGGGCCAUUUCUCCACGGUUUGGCUAUGCAGAGAUCUGAAGGACGAGAAAUACGUUGCAUUGAAGGUGGUAAAGAGUGCACCGCACUAUAUCGAAACGGCUGCCGAUGAGAUACGUCUACUCGAAGCUGUACGUGAUGCAGAUCCGUUAGAUAUGCGACGUGAACGUAUCGUACGACUGCUAAAUCAUUUUACGAUACGUGGCGUUAAUGGCAAGCAUUAUUGUUUGGUGUUCGAAGCGCUCGGUUGCAGUUUAUAUAAGUUGAUUGUAAAGAACAACUAUCAGGGUUUGGCCAUAAGUCAAGUGCGUAACAUUAUUAAACAAGUAUUGGAGGGUUUGGAUUACUUGCACACAAAAUGUAGUAUUAUACAUACGGAUAUUAAGCCUGAGAACAUAUUAUUGGUGAUCGAUAAUGAGUCGGUGGUGAAUCAGCAAAUUGACGAUGAAAUCGCUAGUUUACGUGUGAAGGGUGCGGACUUUCCGGAUUCAUACAUUAGUUCCAUUGAGAAGCAAGCGAAGAGUCGCAAUAAAUGGUCAAUGACCGAUAUGAAUGUCUCAACAACUAACAGCACGGGUACGGGCAAUAAUUCCUCCGCGUCAUCCACGCCGCUGCCAACAACUACCGUUGCGACUUCAGCAAUGACAGCUGCUGCGAUAACGGCGCUCAGCAAGGAUGAUAGCAAUGCAACAUUUAACACAAAUACGACUGCAUCAUCGUUGGCGUCUAAAUAUUCAGCUACUUUGAUAGGCGAAAAUGAUGGUGUAGGUGGCGGACGCGCUGGUACAGAGAGCCCUUCAAUAGGCGGUGGUACACCUUAUGCAACAACGGGCAAUAUAAAUAAUCGGUAUAGAGCCGAGAAGAAAAUCACUGCCAAGUCGAUCGAUGGUGACGGCAAUAUUGGUGACAUGACAAGCAUAACAACAACAACAACUACUACAACAACAACAACAACCACCGAAGCAAUCAAUGGCAUCGAAAUAUUAAGUUUAUUAAGUACAAAAAGUGAAAAUCUCGAUGUUAAUAAUGCGUCGUCUCAAAUUACUCUAAACACCCAAGCACAAGCACCACACAAUCAACAACAACUACAACAGCAACAACAACAGAUACUACCAUCACUCACAUCACAAGCACCUUCACUAGCUUUACCAACACUAGCACAAUCACCAUUAAUACAACAACAGCAAGCAACAUCACAAAAUAACAACGAAGAUGUUAAAAAUAGCAAAAAUGCCGCUACCGAAAAGACCCAGUCCUAUACAAAUGCCAUACAAGCGUUGAUCAACAACACCAAUGUACGCGUUAAAAUUGCUGAUUUGGGAAAUGCCUGCUAUGACUAUCAUCAUUUCACUGACGAUAUACAAACGCGACAGUAUCGCUCCAUAGAGGUAUUGCUUGGCGCACCAUACACGUUCUCAGCUGAUAUUUGGAGUACAGCUUGUCUUGCCUUCGAACUGGCGACCGGUGAUUAUCUCUUUGAUCCGCAUAUGGGCGAGACUUACUCACGUGAUGAAGAUCAUUUGGCGCACAUAAUUGAAUUAUUAGGCGCAAUACCGCCUUCCGUGAUAUUUCGAGGCAGACAUGGAUUAAAAUUCUUCACCAGUUAUGGCAGCUUGCGUAACAUUACGAAAUUGAAACCGUGGAGUCUAUUAAAUGUGCUUAUUGAAAAAUAUGACUGGGAUCCUAUAGAGGCGAAGAAAUUCUCAGAUUUUUUACUACCGAUGCUCGAAUACAAUCCCGUUAUACGCGCCUCAGCGGCCGAAUGUCUAAAUCAUCCAUGGCUGGAGCAGGAGGAAUUCGUUUGAAAUGUGACCAUAUUCGUUUCACUUGUUGACUGAUUACGUAGCUGAAACGAACGCAAAUACGCACAUAGUAGUUGUUGUAUUCAAUGGUGGAGCAGAGAGCGCAAACUAAAGUUGGCGUUAGUCAAUAUGACUGCAGACAUGAUCGAGAGAGACUUACAAUUUCUCAUAUUAUUAUUUAAGCGUUAAGAAUUUACAUACACAAAAAUAAAAAAAUAAAUAAACUAAAAUAAAAUAAUAUGCGACUUAUAAAGUAGACAUUAUUAAGAUUUUUUAAUAUUAAAUGACAAAAGUGAAAAUGAAAAUUAAAUUAAAUAAAGUUAAAAGCGUAGCAUGACAAUUGAAAAAUUGUAAUAGCUAUUGUAUUGUCAGCGAAGAAAAUAAAAUAUACAUACCUUUGAGUAAAAAAAACUAAACAUUGGUAGUAAAUUAGUGGAAACUUAAAAAAAGUUUGUUAAAGUAAGUUUUCUAUGGGAAAAUAAAUGAAAUUUAAUAACUCCAAAUUAGCAUUAAUACCAAAUUCUGAAAAUAGUAUACAAUGAAAAGCAAACAUUUUAAAUAAAAAAAAUUACGAAACUAUAAUACCAAAAAAUAAAAUGUAGGAUACCCUAACGACUUACAGACACUCAUAUUUGCAUAUAUAUAUACAUCAACACGUAUACAUUUAUUAAAAAUAGUAUAUACUCAAAUGAAUUUUCGAAUCCACAUAUGCCUAACUGACUGACUUAUUUUUCAUAAACAAUUUAAUAAACUAAAAACUUAACGAUAAUUGCGUAACAUAAAGGAAAAAAUAUAAAAUACAAAUAAUAAUUAAGAAGAAAACACAUCACUUUCGAAACAAAAAAGUUUACAUAAACAAAUUGUGAGUACAUAAGAGAGAACAUGAAAAUCUUUAGAUCAAUAAAAAUGGGACUUGACACAAUUUGCUAAAUGAUAUUUGAUAUAAUCGCCACAAUGGGUGUUAAUUUUAUAAUACAAGCUGAGCAAAGUUUAGAGACUUUCAAAAUUGCACGCUGAAUUAUAUAUAAAACAUAUAUAUUAAGCCAUUAAAUAAGUGUUUAGUCAACGCUAAGGAUAUGUUCAAACCAAAACUUAUAUUCCUCAAAUCAAAAUUCGGCUACUCACUAAACGCGACUGUUCAAAUUGUUGCUAUUAUCGUUGUUACAAUCAGACUCCAAAUUUUUCUACUGUCAAUAGCAACAGUGACGGAACUAGUUUUUGGUAAACACGCCAACAGGUGGCGCUAAAUUUCAUACAGCCUAAGUUUUCAUACUGCUACCCGGUAAAGAGUUAAUGAAGAAAGAAUUUUGUAUGAAAAAACAUUGCUAAGUUGAGCAGAUAUGAAACUUAGUUCAAUCCACAGCACUUAAGUUUUGGUUUGAGCGUGUUACAACAAACUAAACCAGAAAUUAAAUUAAUGAAAUGAAGCUCCCAUAAACAUAUUUAACUGACAUAGUCUUAUGCAUACUUUUUCAUACAUAACAACGGCAUAUUCCAGCGGAAUUCGUAGAUCAUACAGAAAAUUUAAAUAAGCACAUGGCAAAUAAAUACAUGUAAUUUAUAAAUUAAAAGUUACUUAGUUUGAAGGAGUAAAUAAUUAAGUUUGUGUUUUUCGUAUAGCUUUAUAGUAAAUAAAAAAUAUAGUACCAAGUAGCCAUACACAUAAUCACGAAAACAAAUAAGUUAGAAACAGUUGAAAAUUUGAAAUUCACCAUUUUUAUUUACACACAUUUAAUUUUCAAAAUAACCACUUCCGUGCAGACUGCUGCUUUGAAAAAGAUAUGUUCAGUGCACACUUCACAUAAGUAGCAAAUUUUGAAACACUUCGCUAACGAAUACAGUGUGCACGACGUGUUUGCCGAUGAUCCGCCGGAACUUUUGCAUAGUUGUCGUUGCGUGUGAUUCGAUCAAGUGCUGCUCUUCGAAGUCGUUAUUAAAAUAGUUUACAAUGUUAAUUUUUAAUUAAUAACAGUACUUUUGUUUUGCUAAUUAGUUAGUUUAUUGAUACAUUAUUAAGAUUUGCUCUUAUAUUGAAUGUUAUUAAUAAUAAAGCCAAAAUAAAUGUACGUUGUACAUUCACCAUGUCAACAUGGCGGUCGUUGAAUAAGAAAACGAGGUGUAAAGUGCAAUAACUUGUGGAAAUUUUGUUAAUGCAAUGCUGCAAGCAGUUGUGUGUAAUAUGCGCUUGUGAGUUACAGAAAGUCUGUUGUGAUAUGAACUUCCGCUUCUUUUAAAUAUUAUUGCAAUGAUUUUAAGCAAAGUGCGGUAAGUGUUAUAUAAAUACCAAGUUAACGAAAAUAAUAUUGCUAGUUUAUCAACAAAAACGAUGGAGCUUCGUCAGCUUAUUUUUUUGUACAAUUUGUAUGCAAAUAUUUCCCAAUUAUUUAAAUUAUAAAAGUGCAAAUUUCAAAAUAAUUUAUUUACAUAUUUAAAUAAAAUCACAAACAAAGUUUGUAUUGUAUAGAUUUGUUAGCGUGAACGAUUUUGAGAGAUAAUUUUAUGGUCUAUGGCGGUUAAGUUUUUUUUCAUAUUUUUUCUCUUUUGCUAUAAUUUAAAAUAUUAAUUUUUUUUUUAAAUUUGUAUGUUUAACUACCACUUAUUUCAUAUGCAGUUGUAUUUUACUUCAACACUGAAAAAAUAUAUAUAUUUAUAUUUUUCUCAUAUGUUCUAUAUUUUUCUCAAAAAUUAAUACAUAUGCAUAUUUUUAUUAAACAGGUGUUAAUAUACUUCUUCAAAGUUAAUUAUUAACAUACUAAAUAAAUAUUUACAAAUGCUAUCAUACGGUACAUACAGAAAUCAGCAACACAUAAAUACACAAAUACAUACAUACCUAUAUACAUAGUAAUUAUCAUAAUACGAUAUUUCAUAGAGGCAUCCUAAUAAAUAUUUGCAAACAGCAACAAACACUACCCGUAGUGGAAUUGAAUUCUAAAUUAACAAUGAAAAUACCUACACAAAUAAACAAUGAAACAUUUAAGAAAAUAAAAAAUAUUUUAAUAAGAAUUUAUUAAUAAAUUUUCGCAUUAAAUGUAAACAGGAGUAUGCAAACAGUCUGAAAAAUAAAAUUUUCAGUUAAUAACACAAGAUACGUUUUAGAAGUAUAAUUUGGUAAAAAUAUAAGCAAAUUAAUAUUUUAAUAUUAAAUGAACAAAAAUAAUAUAUAGUAAACGGUCGAAAAAGUAUUCACUUGGUGAAAACAAAAUACAAAACUUUUACAGUUAAAGAAAUGAAAAGAAUAGAUAAUGAUGAAAUUAUGGAAUAAUACAACAUUUGCAUUACUAAACGCAUCAAUAAAAAUUAAUAAUUAACUUUUACAAUAAAAUAUA